AUGGCGGACGCUGCUACUUUACGCGUCGAAAUUCGCGCCAGCCGUCCGCCAUAUUGUUCGACACCUAAUUGGCGCCAAAGCUUUUCCAUCCUUCCUUCAUUCUUUUUUUUUUCCUUUUUCUUCCCUUCUUUUUUUUCUUCUUUCCUUUCAUAUUCUUCAGUGUUCCAUCCUUCCCUUCAUUCUUUUUUUUUUUUCUUUUCUUUCUUUUUUCUUUCAUCUUUCCUUUCCUUUUUUCAAUGUUUCAUCCUUCCCUUUCAAUCUUCUUUCUUUCCUUUCCUUCAUCUUUCCUUCUUUUUUUCAUUCCUUUCCUUUCUUCAGUGUUCCAUCCUUUUCUUCAUUCUUCUUUCCUUUCCUUCAUCUUUCCUUCAUUUUUUCUUUCUUUUUUUUCUAUUAUUCAGUGUUUUCAUCCUUCCCUUCAUUCUUUUUUCCUUUUCAUCUUUCCUUCUUUUUUUUCUUCUUUCCUUUCCUUUUUCUUCAGUGUUCCAUCCUUCCUUCAUUCUUUUCUUUUCUUUUCUUUUUCUUUUUUUUCUUUCUUCCUUUCUUUCUUUUCUUUCAAUGUUCCAUCCUUCCCUUCAAUCUACUUUCCUUUCCUUCAUCUUUCCUUCGUUAUUUCUUCAUUUUCCUUUCCUAUUCUUCAGUGUUCCAUCCUUCCCUUCAAUCUACUUUCCUUUCCUUCAUCUUUCCUUCUUUUUUUUCUUCAUUUCCUUUCCUUUUCUUCAGUGUUCUUCCUUCCCUUCAUUCUUUCUUUCCUUUCCUUCAUUUUCUUUUCUUUCUUUUUUCUUUCUUCUUUCCUUUCCUAUUCUUUCUUUUCCAUCCUUUUCUUCAUUUUCUUUCCUUUUCCUUCAUCUUUCCUUCUUUUAUUUCUUCUUUUCCUUUUUUAUUCUUCAGUGUUCCAUCCUUCCCUUUCUUUCCUUUUCCUUUCCUUCAUUUUUUUUUUUCUUCUUUCCUUUCCUAUUCUUUUUUCUUUCAUCCUUUCCUUCUUUUCUUUUUCCUUUUCCUUUCAUCUUUCCUUCUUUUUUUUCUUUUUCCUUUCCUUUCUUCAGUGAUCCAUUCUUUCCCUUCAUUCUUUUUUCCUUUCCUUCAUCUUUCCUUCUUUUUUUUCUUCUUUCCUUUUCCUUCUUCUUCAUGUCCCAUCCUUCUCUUCAUUCUACUUUCCUUCCCUUUCUUUUUCCUUCAUUUCUUUCUUCUUUCCUUUACGAUCUCUUUUCCAUCCUUUUUUUUUUUCUUUUCCUUCCUUUCCUUUUUUUCUCUUUCAUUCCUUCUUUCCUUUCCUUUCAUUUUUUCUUCAGUUUCUAUCCUUCAUUUUUUCCACUAUUCUUUCUUUUCUCUUUUUUCUUUUUAUUUCUUUUCCUUUCUAUCAGUUUACCAUCCUUUCUUUUUUUUCCUCUUUUUUCCUCCCUCUUUCAUUCUUUCAUCUCUUCUUUCCUUUCCUUCUUUUUUCCACCCUUCCUUUCAUUUUCUCUUUUCUUUCUUUUUUUUUUCUUUUUCAUUCCUUCCUUUCCAUCCUUUCCAUCCUUUCCGUUAUUUCUUUCAGACCUCUUCCUUUUUCUUUUUUCUUUUAUUUCUUCUUUCCUUUCUUUUUCCUUCAGUGUUCCGCUCUUUUGCUUCAUUCGUCUAUCCUUCCUUCCCAUCUUUUCUUCUUUUUCCUUUUUUCUUUUCUUUCCUUCUUUCUUCAGUGUUAAAUUUUUCUUUCAUUCCACUUUUUUCUUUUCCUACCUUCUUUCCUUUUUUUUUUUCGUUUCUUUCCUUUUUCUUUCUUUCUUCGGUGGUUCAUCUUUCCCUUCUUUCAACUUACCUUCCUUUCCUUCUUUUUAUUUUUUCUUUUUUUUUUUGUUCCUUCUUUCUUCCAUCCUUCCCGUCAUUCCACAUUCCUUCCCUUCCUCUUUGCUCAUUUUAUUUUUUCUUUCUUUCUUUUUUUUCUUCAGUGUUUCCUCCUUCUUUUUUCUUUUCCUUUUCUUUUCUUUCUUUCCUUUUUUUUUCCUUCUUUCCUUUUUUUUCUUUUCAACAGUUCUUUUAUGUUCUUCGCUUCCACCCCUGCUGGGUUGA